CCUUUUCCCUCCACGCGUCUGGGCGAUUCGGAUACCCGUGAUUCUCACGAUCCUGGGCUCCGCCGUCGUAGGCUCAUUCUUGGGAAUUGUGAUGAUCCGGAGCAGCAGGAAAAAGGCUGCGAAGGCCAAGGCUUCGGCGAAGAAGAAGGCGUAGAGGCAUUUAUAUUUGGUCGAGAGUCGGCGUCGGAUACCAAGCUUAAUCCCUCUCCCCAGCACGGGAUACUGUUCAGAUACCAGACCCUGAUAUUCCUUCUCACGAUGGAUUAUUGCACGAUUAUUGUCUGCUCGACAGGCAGGAGUUAUACAACAUGUGGCCUAAUUCAAAUAAUUGUUUUUGUGCUGUGUUGA